AUGUCGCUGCUGGCAGCUGUUGCGCUCGCGCAACAACUGUCCUCAAACCUCACCCAAGUCGUAGACUUCGGCCCGAAUCCCAGGAACGUGUCAUUCUACAUCUAUGUCCCUGAGAAUCUCCAAUCGAAGCCUCCGAUUCUUGUUGCGCCUCACUGGUGCCACGGAACUGCCCAGCAAGUGUUCGAAUACCGGUCAUGGGCGGCCGCCGGCGAUAAGUACGGCUUCAUCACUAUAUAUCCAAAUACUUCGAACGUGGUGGACCAAUGCUGGGACGUGAGCAGCAACGCUACUUUGACGCACAACGGCGGAGGUGACUCGCUAGGAAUUGUGAGCAUGGUGAAAUGGGCGUUGAAGAAGUAUGGUGGCGACAAGGACCGUGUUUUCGUUUCUGGAACGAGCUCAGGCGCCAUGAUGACGAACGUGCUCGUGGGCGCCUACCCAGAUGUCUUCGCUGCUGGAAGCGCUUGGGCUGGAGUCCCAUUCGGUUGUUUCGCUGGCGACGGCUUCGACGUAUGGUCCGACGCCUGUGCGACGGGCAAGAUCAUCAAGACCGGAGCUGAAUGGGCAACACUGGUGAAGAGAGCAUACCCUGGCUACACUGGAUUCCGACCCAAAUUACAGGUACUCCAUGGAACCGUCGAUACGGUCUUGUACCCGCAAAACUUCGAAGAGGAGAUCAAGCAGUGGACAAGUGUGUUCGGAUACAGCCCGACGCGUAAUGAAACUACGCCAAACACACCGCUUGAAGGAUGGACUAGGUAUCGCUACGGGCCGAAAUUUGAAGCGUACUCAGCGGCAGGAAUAGACCAUAAUAUUCCAAACCAAGACGACUUGGUUCUGGAAUACUUUGACUUGAAAUGCAACGGCACGAAGAGGGAAAAGUGCUAUUCCAGAGCCUCAGGUCAUCGGGCGUAG